AUGUUGCCUGAUUGUCUCAUUCAUACUAUACUCUCCCACAUUGGCUAUAAAGAAGCAGCUCGAUUGACCAUUCUCUCCAAAUCAUGGUUACAAGCUUGGUUAACACAUCCCAAUAUGGAAUUCAGAGUUUAUGAUUUCAAAUACAUAAAAAAAGUGGAUGAAAUCAUGGAAAGAUAUAGGGACAAAAAGAUCCCUAUAGAGAAGUUUAAUUUAUCUAUUUUCAGUUCUGGUGAAGUUCUUUCCCUAAUUGAUAAGUGGCUUAAAAUCGCUCUUCAGAAUGGUGUAAACCAUCUCGAGUUUGGAUAUGUUGACUUUGGGCGUACAUUAUACCCCUUGCCUCAUGUUUUCACUAUCUUGGCCGCAAAAUCUUUACGAAAAUUGGUUCUGAAGGAUUGUGAUCUCAUGCAACUUUCAUUAUCUAGUGGUCACGUGGCCAAGUAUGGCGAUUCUUUGAGAGAGCUUUGUCUAUUAGGUGUCCGUUUAGACGACAACAUGCUUCAGACUCUGGUCACUACUUGUCCCAUGAUUGUUAGUUUCAGUAUUAAGCAUUGUAUUGGAUUGAAAAAGAUUGAGUUGCAGAAUCUUCAAAAAAUCAAGAUGGUUUCCAUUCAUAUUGAUAAAAAACAACCUGUUGAAAUUCAAGCACCAACUCUUGAACACUUAGUUUUUUGUGGUCUUGCGGAAAAGUCCCUUAUGUUGGAUAUUGGUGCAUGUCAGAAUCUAAAAUCUUUAAAGCUAUCGUCUGUGAGGAUAUCUGAUGGACUUCUCGCACACCUUACUUCUAGAUGUCAAUUCCUUGAGAGUUUGAUGUUAGAUAACAUCGUUAGUAAAGGGUUAGAAAAGUCUAAAGUUUGCGAGAGUCAAUCUCUUAAGAACUUGGAAAUUCGUUGUUGUAGUGGCACAACGGUGAUUGAUGCUCCAAAUUUGGAAUCACUUGACUAUGUCGGAAAUGAAAUUCCUGUGCUUAAAACUACAAAAACAUUUGGCCCAUUGAAGCACUCGCGACUAGAAUUAUAUAGCCGCGAGAAUAUAAGUGAUUUAUGGUUUCGUAAAUUGAGGAAAUAUCUAUUUAACUCGAACUCUUGGUCUCAUGUUACCCUUCAUUUUCCCAGCUGCAUUAAAAUCGACUUGGAAAAUUGGGAUCCUUGCCGCGGAAUAUUUGCUAUCCCCCAAGUUGAUGUGUUAAAUGUGCAUUUAAUUGGGUCAUUGAAAUGCCCAAGUUUCGCGGAUGCUUUACUAUGGAGUUGUCAUCCUAGGAAACUCAACUUAUUCUCAACUAAGCAAAUGAUUACAUAUUUCAACAAUCAUUUAAUGUAUAUGAAGAAUUCAAGUCGUUCUAACCCUUGGCAAUAUCAAUUAAAGGAUUUGCGAGUUCAUAAGUUUGAUCUAGAAGACUUGAGGAAGCAGCCUGUGGAACAUAACGAGAGGAGGAGAAUUCGUUUUUCAUUAUAUUGGAGGUAG